UUACUCGAUAAUUGUAAAUAUCUCCUGUAGCAGUUUAUAGUAAUAUAUUAGCAAGUCAGGAUUUUUCUUCUGGGAAAUUAAUCCUCUACAAAAAGUAAAAUAAAGAAGCUUACGGAAAAAAUAUAAACUUGGCAAAAGCCAACCUAUCUUCCAUAAUAAGAUAUAAAUGAAGAAAGCAGUCGACAGUUUUGAUUAAUGUGUUGAUUUUGGACUUGUCAGAUUUUUUUUAUUGAACCAGCGCUUAGAGACAUCUAAACAUGGCAUCAACUGCAACGAUGCUUUACCAGGAAUUAGAGCAGGAGCCCUUCAACCCACAUGAAUUUGUGGAACGUUUGGCUUGGCGUACUAUGGGAACCCGAGCACAGACUAACUGUGAUGAGUUUGAUCCAAUGACACUGCAUGCAGCAUUUGAAAGAAUGAUUACUGACUUGAAAGAGAAAAAUUUACAAGUUCACAAAAAGGUUGAAAAAUUAGAAAAUGCCUGCAAAGAAGAAGAGAAACGUCAUUGGCAGCGUGUUGCUGAAUUACAAAGAAAGAACCAAAGUUCUUAUUCCAAGUUUCAAGAAUUAGAUGAACGAAUCAAUUUUGUAGCUACAAAAGUUGUCCACCUUGGAGACCAACUUGAAGGAGUAAACACCCCACGAGCUUGUGCUGUUGAAGCACAGAGAUUAAUGAAUUAUUUUUCAGAGUUUUUAUCAGAUGAAGAUUUGAAAUCUACUGUAUUUACUGAUCCUUUCCAGCUCCAGUUAGCAGCAGACAUUAUUCAGAAGUUACAUCUUAUUGCACAAGAACUACCAAAUGGUGAAAAAUUUGUGAAAGCAAGACAAAGAAUAUCAGAUAAAUAUAACCAGGUGGAAAAUGAGUUGAUUGAAGAAUUCAGAAUUGCACAUCAUGAAGGGGACACUCGCAAAAUGAGAAGAGUUGCUGCCGUGCUACAAAAUUUCAAGAGUUACAGUCAAUGUAUUGAAUCUUUUAUAGAAGAAACACAAAAGGGAUGCUUCACAUCAGAUGAUAUCUUUGAUGAGAUUCUGCCAUUGUGUACCAAAACAAAUGAAUUAAUCAACAGCGUUUUUGCCAAUCCUGAAAUUGUAAUGGGGAAAUUAGUACAAAAAAUCUAUCUUGGUAAACUUCAGGAAACUAUUUCUAAAAAGUUGGACAUCCAGACUGAUCCUGAGCAGUAUUUAACUAAUUUAUAUGAUCUUUAUACAAGGACAGCUAAGUUAUCAAAUGACCUAUCCAAGUUCAAAUUAAGUAAUGACAGUUCUUUUCUAAAUAAACAGACAAAAAGUAUUUUUCACAAACAUCUUGAAGCAUAUAUAAGCCAUGAAAUUAAAUUUCUGCAUGAACGCUGUUCAUUAUUAUUGCAAAGAUAUUAUAAUAGUAAAAACCAUCAAAAAAAGAAAAUUCAGUCUGGUGGCUUCCGGAGAGAAUUUCAGGCUGUGAUUAAUACUGUAAAUAUCAAUAUUGGGCCAACCAUUGAAAAUUACGGAGGUGAAAUAUUUCUCUCGCAAGAAUUAGCAAUGAAUAUUUUACAGGAAACGAAGUUAGCUUUUAAGCGCUGCAAAGUUAUUUCCAGUUCGUCAGACCUACCUUCAAAUGCUGUCAAAAUUCUAGAAACACUCAUACAAUAUCUUGUAAUGGAACAUAUAGAUUAUGCAGUUGAAUUAGGUCUACAAGCUAUUCCAUUGGCUGAGGCAAGGACCCUUCCUGAAAUAUAUUUCUUCGAUGUCACUGGUCAAGCAAACACUCUUUUCCAUCUUUUUGAAAAGCAAUUUAUGGACAGUUUAGUACCAUUGGUUCUCUCUUCACCUAAGCAUAGUACUUGUUUACAAAGGAAAAGGGAACUUCGUGAUCAGCUAGAAACUAAAAUUGAUCUUGGUUUAGACAGAUCAAUCUCUGCAAUUAUUGGAGCUAUUCGCCAUAUACUUGUAGCAGAACAGAAGAAAUCUGAUUUCAAACCAGACUUGGAAGCAAAUAUGCAAAUGCGUUCUGAGGCAUGUGCAAGGACUGUAAUUUUCCUACACAGUCAGAUUGAAAAUAUCCGGCUAAGUUUAGAUGGUAAAAAUGUUGAUGUCGUCCUCACUGAACUUGGUACGCGAUUCCAUCGUCUAAUAUUUGAACAUUUCCAGCAGUUUCAAUACAACUCCUUAGGUGGAAUGUUGGUUAUCUGUGAUGUCAAUGAAUAUAGAAAAGCUGUCAAAGAAUUUAAGAUCCCUCUCAUCAAUCAGUUAUUCGAUAAAUUACAUGCUUUGUGCAACUUGCUAAUGGUUGUACCAGAGACGCUGCAGCAAGUUUGUACUGAAGAGCCAUUGGCUGGACUUGACAAAUCUGUUAUUUUGGCUUUUGUACAACUUCGUGUUGAUUUCCGAUCAUCUAAAUUGGCAUCACUACUUAAAUAAUUUCUGUUAUAUACACGUGCUGUUAUAUACACAUGCAAUCUUACUAUUUAAUUCUCUACUAUAAUAUUCUUUCAGCAAUAUAUAUAUUUGCAUGUACAAACUUCAAGAGAUUAUAGUGAAUCUAAGUUUGAAACAAAAAAAUGUCCAGCUUUUAAACAUGUGUUGUAGAUAUUUAACAUUUGUGAGAGCCUGUGUGUAUUUCAUGCGUACCAAUUGUACACUUUUUAAGAAAAGUUACCAAUAAAAUCAAUAAAGAAAUAUUUUAAAAAUAAAGAGUUUUUAAACAAAAUAUUUCAAUUUA